AUGCAUCUAACAGUUUCUCAACUAACUUCACGAAGGAUGAACAUAUUCAAGAAACCGGCAGUAUUAUCAUCGAACGGGAAAAACUUGAGCAACAGGACCACUCACAAAGAAGAUAAACCAAUGGUGUUGUCAGUUACACCACAGCAACAACGGGAAAAGUUUGAUGAGUUGAAUGAAUUGGAAUCAAACAGGAUCAUCGAGGGGCUAAAUGAUAUCGAUUCCAUUUGGACACUACUAGCGGCAAUGAAGAAAUCUAACAAAAGCCGAAACAGGUACUCCAAUGUGUCACCAUACGAUGCAUCAAGAGUCAUUCUCCCUGUGACUGAUGCAAACGCUUUUUCAGACUAUAUAAAUGCAUCAUACAUGAAACUUCAUUGUGGCGAGGGAACAUUGUCAUUACGAAAUGACUACAUUGCAUGCCAGGGCCCAUUACCAAACACUAGAAACCAUUUCUGGGCCAUGUGUUUCCAUCAGCUGGAACUUCAAGGAAAUGAUACCGUGAUCAUUGCAAUGGUGACACCACUAAUCGAACAAGGCAUGACCAAAUGCGACAAAUACUGGCCAGAGCAGGGCGAGACCUGGGAUUUUACAAAUAUAAAUACCCAAGAUGGCAUCAUAUAUAGGGACUUGACCAUAACAUCCAUAAGCGAGACACCGGAUCCCCACCAAGAUUACUUGCUAACGGAAUUGGAGUUGACCUCUGGAUCCAAGACCAAGAAAGUUUACCAUUUCUACUAUUACAAAUGGUCAGACGCCAGAGUACCACCAUCAACAAAGCCUUUGGCAAACUUAUCCAAGCAUAUUCUAGAAGUCAAGCAGAUGGAACCCGAACUGAACCAACCCGUUCCAAUAGUACACUGCUCUGCAGGAGUAGGAAGAUCGGGGACAUUCAUGGUAUAUGAUCAUUUGUUCAAAAACAAGGAGUUGUUCCGGGAAUUGUUGGAUAGAAAACUCCGACAUAAAGACUUGAUUUACAAAACAGUGUCUCAACUCAGAGCCAAGAGAAUGAUGAUGGUUCAAACAGUUUACCAAUACCAGUUCUUGUACGAUGUCGCCAAAGCAAUCUACGAGGGCAAUGAUGACUCGGAAGUUGUUAAUCUGCAAAAGUAA